GCUGAAGCUGCACUUGUCCGACAAGAGCGCUACCGGCUACAAGGGCGUGUGCUAUGAGCGCCAGCGCGGCCGCUACCGAGCAUUCCGCACCGAGGGGAGCAGGACCAUCUACCUGGGCGUCUUCGACACGGCGGUGGAGGCGGCGGUGGCCUACGCGCGGGCGGUGGGGCAGGCGGAGCCGGAGGCGGGCGAGGAGGAGGGCGAGGGGGAGGAGGAGGAGGAGGAGGAGGAGGAGGAGGACGAGGAAGAGGAGGAGGAGGAGGAGGCUCUGGUGGCGGAGGCGGAGGCUCGGCCGGGCGGGCCGCUCACCGCUGCCGACGCCGUCGAGGGCGCUGCGGUCGUGGUCUACUUCUCGGACGUGUCUCGCUGGUACCGCGGCGAGGUGACGUCCGUCAACAACGACGGCACCUUUGGCGUGGCGUACGAGGACGGCGAGGAGGAGGAGGCGGUGCCGCUGGAGGAUCUCUUCCACGAGCUACAGGCGUGGCCACCGCCUGCCUCGUCCCCGACCCCGGCCGCUCCACCACGAGCGGCGCGCCCGCCCCUCGGCAUGCCGGCCGUCGAGCGGGCGCUCGAGGGCGUCGGGCUGGAGCGCUACGCGGCGGCGUUCGACGAGCAGGGGUACGACGAUCUCCGCUACCUGCUCCAGAUGAACGCGGCGGAGCGGGCGGCGGUGGCGGAGGGCGUGGGGAUGAAGCCUGGCCACGCGGGCAAGUUUGUCAAGCACGGCUUCGAGGCGCCGAUGGCUUAGAGGCUGUCGAGCCGGCUCGAGGCUGAGCAUCGAGAGCGAAGGCGCGCCCUGACUGAUUGCGUUUACGUGUACGUGU